AUUUUAUCGGAGGAAUUUUUUUCGAGUCGUUCAAAUAUUUUGAACUGAUGCAUGUAGAUAGAUAAAUUUAAAUGAUGCUUUCAGUGUUUAAGCUCUUCAUUCUAUGGAUUAACUGCUGUGUUACUUUACUUUUCGUAAAUUUCAUAAAAGUUGAAUCUCAAAGAUGUGAAGCACAACAGUCUUCUACAAAUGGUUCAUUUCUUGCAAAUAACGCUUGUGAUGACGACAUGGAGACGUAUUCUUUAACCGGGGAUGACGCAAACCAGAUAUGGUCAAUGGCACUUGAAAGGGCUCGUAAAAUCUUUUGGAUUUUCCUUAGCAUUAGUUGUGGAAGUUAUGAUAUCCAUGUACAACUAAACACAUCUAAAAUUCAAACUUGUAAUCAUAUCGAGCGAAUGUGCAAUGUAACCAGUGAGGCUGAAAUUGUAACUUGCAACUCUUCUGGAAACAUGUUUGGAAACAAAAUCAUCAUAAAGAAAUUAGAUUACGGUGUUCUGCAAAUUAGAGAAGUCAAAUCAAUAGAUUUUUCCACCUUGCAAGAGGUUGCAGUAAAAAAGCAGUCUAUUGUUCUCAAGGGGAAGGAUGCUUUUGAUGGCAAUCUAGAUUCCUACAUUGUAACAAAGGAAAAUAUUAAUGCAAAAUGGUAUAUGAGUAUGGAAAAAACGUAUGGUAUAAAAUGGAUACUUAUUUCCAUUCGAGGAGGGAAUUACGAGUUGCACAUAACAGCUGAGAAUCAGACCCUUCCCGAUGAAUUGACUCUUUGCCGAGUCUUUAAUUUACUUAACCCAACUAAAGCAUAUCAGAAUAUCAUAGAAUGUGAAAGACAAAUGACAGGAAACUCAAUCAUAAUAAAAAGGACAGAUGAAGGGCCAAUUAGACUGUUUGAAGUACAUCCAAUAGUUUGUCCCGCUUACCAUUAUGGAAUAAAUUGUGCUAAAUGCAGAAAGGCGUGCGUUUCCUGUCAUCCUGUAUCAGGUGUAUGUAAUCAUUGCUUUGGACCUUUCUUUGGUGACCUUUGUCAGUAUCAAUGUCCAACAACGUGCCUGAAAACAUGUGACCAAGAGACCGGAAGUUGUGACAGCUGUAUUGAUGGACAUGGUGGAAAAUACUGUGAACUUCAAAUGUCUACAGAUUACAAAAAAACUGAAGCAAAUUCCGAGCAGAACAAGUCUAGUACUGUUGUGAUAGAAGAACUACAUGUAAGAGAUAGAGAUGAUAAAGAAGAUUCAAUUCAAUUCCCAAUCCUCCUGGUGGCUCUGAGUGCAUUGGUUCUUUUAUUACUCCUGGUUAUCAUUUUUCUCUUCGUAUCAAAGCGGAAAAAAGAAAAGAUUAACAUAGAAGGGGAAAGUGUUUUAGCCAUCAAUCUUCAGAGAUCAGAGUCGAGAAAUGAGUCGGAUCUAGAGGAGAUUCCUCAAAACGAGGCUAAUUAUGUAGAAGAGGAAGUCGUGGUCGUCGAGUACAGUAAUCUGACGUCACAGAGGGUCUCUUUAGAUCAAUUUAUAAGAGAAAUACCAGACAAAAAGAGCAGUGGUAUACUAGAGAAAGAAUAUGAUGACCUUCCGAACGGAUUAUUGGAAUCUUAUUCGGACGCACUUAAAGCUUUGAACAGGAAGGGGAACCGAUACAAAGGAAUCUAUCCCUAUGACCAUAAUCGUGUAAAGUUGGUCAGAGACAGAACAGAAGAGAAUGAAGACAAUGAUUUUUUUAAUGCUUCGUACAUUUAUGGUUUCAACAAGGAACAAGCCUACAUAGCUGCACAAGGUCCUUUCAAUCCUAAGACAUUAGAGGAUUUCUGGACAGUGAUAUGGCAAAACAACUCAACACGAAUCAUUAUGUUAACAAGUCUGUACGAAGGCGAUAAG